CAUUAUAAAAGCAGAGCAUAGGAGAACAACUUUGACAUACACGAAAGUGAUAAACCCUAGCCGCAUAGCAAAAUCAAAGGCUGUUUCAGUUUCAUAUGGUUGAAAUGGAACAAUCUUCCAAGCCAAAUGUACCUUCUAUACCUGAAAUCAAAAUGAAACCAAAUCCGAAAAAGAAGAUUCCUUCACCAAAGGAAUUGAUAUCCUAUUAUGAAUCACAAGGGAUGGAUUCACAAGAAGCCUCAUUGAAGGUGAUAGAGGAUUUACAAAAGGCUUUGUUUGGAGUAAUUUCAUCUGGUAAAGGUAAAAAGGAUAGGCUUAUGAAUGAAUCUUCUAGAAAGAUGGAUUCGGUUAACCAAAGACUUGCUAUACUUGACAUGAAGCUUGAUACUAAGCCUGGAUUUGUUGAGACGUUUGCAAUUGGGGUUGUUUCUGGUGCUGCUCUUAAUGGAAUUGGGGCUAUAAUGCCUCACAUUCUUUCACCUAUUGCUCAGAUUUGGAAUUCUGUUACCUCAGCCACUAAAUCUACCCCUCAAUGACAUGUUAACAUUUUCUUAUGUAUACUAUUGUUUAAUUGUACAAUAGAUUACUCCUCUCAAUGUUAAAUACACUAUUGUUUAAUUGUUUAAGUUAAUUAACAAAUGUAAAAAAGACUAUGUUGUAUUAUAGUAGUUUUAAUUAAGGUAUGUAUUAUUUGAACAUCAAAAUACAAUCUCAUUAUUUGUUACAUUA